UGGCCACGUGAAGCGACGUCGGCCAAUGGGCGCGCGGUGAAAUUUCACGGAGCGAAGUAUUGUGGGUAGGGAAGCACCACCCCAUCACCCACCCCAUCACCCACCGCCACUCACCACCAAGCCCCGACGACGGCUGUGCUGCGUCGGCUCCCGCUGUGGAUGCAGCGGCAGCGGCGGCGGCGUUCAGAGGCCAGCCGCGAGGCUUCCCCCCCCCCAGGGCAGCUUUCGCGAACCUCUCUCGGGCGCGCGGGAGGAGGAGGAGGAGGCCGACCGUGUGGGUGACCGCCGCCAGAUUCGAAGGCGGGCGCCGGGGUUUUUACGCGCGGCUGAGGAGGAGGAGGAGGAGAUGCUGAGUUGACAUCCUCUCCGUCAAUCGCGGUGCAAGCACGGUGGAGGUGGGGGGGGGUGGUGCCAGGGGUGGUGGUAGUGGUUCAGCAGGAGCAGGAGGGGGGGCAGUAGUGAAGGAGCGCCCAGGAUUCUGUGCUGCCCAGCGGUGAGAGGGACGGGCAACCGUGAAUAAAUAAGCAGAGGGCAGCAGGCAAGAGGUGGGUACGGGGAGUGGGGGGGUGUUAAGGAUGUACAACAGCUCUCGCACGGUGACCGGUGGCGAUGGUGGCGGCGGUGGAGGAGAUCCGGGCUCGACGCGAUCCCCGCGCCUCCCGCGCUCACCGAGACUCGGGCACCGCCGCACCAACAGCAGCGGUGGAAGUGGCGCGGCGGCUGGCGGCAGCGGGAAGACCAUGUCCAUGGAGAACAUCCAGUCCCUGAACGCAGCCUACGCAGCCUCGGGGCCGCUCUACCUGGGCGAGUAUGACGGCCCUGGCGGCGUAGCCGGCAUCUCUGCCGUAGCCGGCUUACCGAAGUCAACGAUGACACUAGGACGACCGAUGGGCGCCCCGGUGAGCUCGGUGCCCCGGCCCGCUCCGUAUGGCCUUCGCAUGACUGCCAUGGGCAGCAGCCCCAACAUUGCUUCAGCCGGCCUUCCCGGUGGGGAUGCCAUCAUCUUUGGAGAGAAUGACCUCGCCUACAGCAUGGGUGCACAGGUGCCGGCGUCGCUGCGCGGCGUGCGCGAGUGCAGCAUGCUGGAGCUGCAGGCGCAGCUCAAAGAGAUGCAGCGCGCCAACGAGCUCCUGCGGCGGGAGCUCGAGGUGAAGGAGAGCAAACUGGGCUCCUCCAUGAGCAGCAUCAAGACCUUCUGGAGCCCAGAGCUCAAGAAGGAGCGCGCCAUACGCAAGGAGGAGGCGUCGCGGAUGACCGUCAUCAAGGAGCAGAUGCGCGUCAUGCAGGAGGAAACCCAGCACCUGCAGCUGACGAUCCAGGCCCUGCAGGAGGAGCUGCGCACCCAGCGCGACCUCAACCAGCUCUUCCAACAGCAGGACAGCAACUACCCCAGCGACGACAAGGCCGCCGGCGACGGGGCGGAUGGGCGUACCGAGCCCAGCCAGGCCGAGUUCCACCGCCUUCGGGUGCAGCAUGACCGCCAGUCCAAGGAGCUCUUCCUCCUGCGCAGGACCCUGGAGGAGAUGGAGCUGCGCAUCGAUACGCAGAAGCAGACGCUGGGAGCACGCGACGAGUCGAUCCGCAAGCUGCUGGAGAUGCUGCAGGGAAAGGGCCCGGGCGGACGCGGUGGCACCACGGGAGACGACGAGAGGCUGGCGGAUGCUGAGGCGCAGCUGAGUCAUAUUCAGGGGCUGCUGGAGGGCCGCGAGCGUGAGAACCAGCAUCUCCGAGAGGAGCUGCAGAGGAGAGGGGACGGGCCCUCUGAACCUGGCAAGACCAAGGCCCUCCAGACAGUCGUAGAGAUGAAGGAUACGAAGAUUGCGUCCCUGGAGAGGAACCUGCGUGACCUGGAGGAUGAGGUGCAGAUGCUGAAGACGAAUGGUGCCCUGAGCAUCGAGGAGCGAGAGGAGGAGCUGAAACAGAUGGAGGUGUACAAGAGCCAUUCGAAGUUCAUGAAGAACAAGGUUGAAAGGAUGAAAGAAGAUUUAGCGGUGAAAGAGGUUGAGCUGCACGAGCUGAGAAAGCGAGUUGAGAGCAUUCAUUCAGAUCCUGGCUCUGCAGUGGACCAGCUGAAGCAGGAGAUAUCCAGGAAGGACUCGGAGCUGCUGGCAGUGCAGACCAAGCUUGAGACUCUCACCAAUCAGAACUCGGACUGCAAGCAGCACAUCGAGGUCCUCAAGGAAUCGCUCACGGCCAAAGAGCAGCGAGCGGCCAUUCUGCAGACAGAGGUUGAUGCCUUGAGGAUGCGCCUGGAGGAGAAGGAGUCUCUGCUCAACAAGAAGGGCAAGCAGCUGCAGGAGCUGACGGAGGAGAAGGGGACGCUGGCCGGAGAGAUCCGCGACCUCAAGGACAUGCUCGACGUCAAGGAACGCAAGAUCAACGUUCUGCAGAAGAAGAUUGAGAACCUACAGGAACAGCUGAGGGACAAGGAGAAGCAGGUUGGCAGCCUCAAGGACCGAAUCAAGUCCCUGCAGGCCGACUCGAGCAACACGGACACAGCCCUGGCCACACUCGAGGAGGCGCUCUCUGAAAAGGAGAGGAUAAUCGAGCGUCUGAAGGAGCAGCGAGAACGUGACGACCGGGAGCGACAGGAGGAGGUGGAGGCCUACAAGAAGGAGAACAAGGACCUCAAAGAGAAGGUCAACACUGUCCAGGCAGAGCUCUCUGAGAAGGAGUCGUCUCUGCUGGACCUCAAGGAGCAUGCCUCCUCUCUCGCCUCGGCUGGACUCAAGAAGGACUCUAAGCUCAAGUCUCUGGAGAUCACAUUGGAGCAGAGGACAGAGGAAUGCAGCAAGCUGGAGUCGCAUCUCCGGAAGUCCCAGGUGGCGGAGGAGGAGGCACGGACGAGCCCUGAGCUCACCGACCGGAUCCGGCAGCUCGAGAAGGAAUUAUCCCAGAACCGGUCGGAGGUGGCCAAGUCACAGGCAGAGGUGGACCGCCUCCUCGAGAUCCUCAAGGAGGUGGAGAACGAGAAGCACGACAAGGACAAGAAGAUUGCCGAGCUGGAGAACUCUACUCCCAGGGGGCUGAAGGACCACACAAAGAAGAUGGCCAGUCUGAAGCACAAGGAGCAGAUGGAGAAGAAGAAGAGCGCCCAGCUUCUGGAGGAGGCUCGCAAGCGGGAAGACAACCUCUCCGACAGCUCGCAUGUGCUUCAGGACACCAUGAGACAGAAGGAUGACCGGAUCGAGGAGCUGGAGGAGGCGCUGAGGGAGAGCGUGCAGAUCACGGCCGAGCGGGAGAUGGUGCUGGCACAGGAGGAGUCGGCACGCGCUGCCUUUGAGAAGCAGCUCCAGGACACAGGUGGGGUACUGGAGAAGACCAGGCAGGAGCUGGACUCCACCAAAGCCAAGCUGAGCUCCAUGCAGCAGUCUCUGGCCGAGAAGGAGGCUCACCUCACGAACCUACGUGCCGAGCGCAGGAGGCAGCUGGAGGAGGUCCUGGAGAUGAAGCAAGAAGCCCUUCUGGCCGCCAUCAGCGAGAAGGACGCCAACAUUGCGUUGCUUGAGUUGUCGGCCUCCAAGAAAAAGAAGACCCAGGACGAGGUGGCGGCCCUCAAGCGUGAAAAGGACAGGCUCGUGCAGCAGCUCAAGCAGCAGACUCAGAACAGAAUGAAGCUCAUGGCAGAUAACUAUGAAGACGACCACCAUUACCAUCGGCACCACCACCCAGGGAAAUCUCAAAACACCAACCACAGGCCCUCCCCGGACCAGGAUGACGAGGAGGGCAUUUGGGCAUAGCUGCUAACACAAGGAGCCAAAGUGCCCAUUUUUGUGUUCAGAGGGGUGAGAAAUCGGACUUUGUUGGUCAUAUUCAUGUCGUGUCGUGUCCAUGUCACUUCUGGUGGCGGUGCUGGUGACGGUGGCGGUGGUGGUAAUGAUAAAACACCGUGUUUCCUGCAGUGAAGGGCUGCCAAACGGGGUGGAGGUGUGGUUAUUCUCAAGUACUUUGACGUGCACUGCACCGGGCAGCGGGUGGUCGAGUUAAUGGUGCGGGGGGGAUUUCGGCCAACGACUCCACAUCGGCCCGGGCUGUUCCUGCAGGAAACACUGAUUGCUGCAUGUCGGUGUGGGGUCCUGUUCUAUGUGUCACUUUUCCUACUCUGUCUCUCUUUUGCCCCCCCCCCCAGCCAUUGUGACCGUGUUGUCCGUCACGCUUCUUUCACGUUGCUCGUGUACUUAUUGCGACGUUGGCCUCCCAAGGCCCCCCCCUCCCACCCACCGCCCGUGCUCACGAACACUCUCUACUUGCUCGUCAUGCUUGGAGGAGGACGUCACACUUUCCUACGUGUCACGGGACACAGUGAGGAAAGUGUGGCCUUCGUUUAAGGGAGGAUACUAGGCAUUGGUGUGUAGUCUGAUUUCCCACUGAGUCCCAUGCUGGCAAAACCAUUGUGUUGUCUGUAUGGUCCCAUGAACCCACCUGCCCUGCAUUUUGACGUUCUCCACUACAAAUCAAAAUCAUUAUUCUUUUAAACAUGCCUGUAUGCGGUCUUGCGGAGCUAUGCUAUGUUGAGAUUUAAAAAAAACAAUUCAGAUAUGUGUGCUUUAUAUUCAUGUUGUGCGUUGGAUGGAGCUUCAUUUUUUCUAAGUUUACAUUAGUCACUGUCAAUAACAGAAUGGAAUGUGCAAUAAAUAAAGGAAUGAUAAUACUAUCGUGGAUGGAAGAAAGAAAAAGAAAAGCCUCAUCUUGUUGCAACUUAUGAAAGAAAUGCCAAAGCUUUAAACAAUGUCCCGUGAAGUUUUAAGUCGGCCACAAUUCCAGGAGGGGAAGGCGUGCGUGGGCCCAUAAACGGUACGAGUUAAGAGAUGAUGGGCAGCCCACAAGUGCCGCUUACCUGCAAAUGCAGCGUCCACCGUGGGACUUAAAGUUUUUAAAAUAAACAUUGACGUUGUAAAAUGAAGCCAUAUGAAGGCCUGUUUCUUGUCAGCGUGCCUGACUGUGGGGGUAAUGCCUUCACCUUGGGCUUGUCGCUCCGUCAGAGCCAGGGGUUACUUGUCUAGAAAAAAAAAACGCUCGUCAUUUUUACCGAGACACAACAUAACGUGAAGAGAGUGGUUGCGAGACAGGAAAAAAAGCCCUCUAAAUUUGUAUUGCUCGUGUUUUGAAAUAAUUCAUUUCCUGACUCACUUUUAAUUACUGAAAAACAUCGCUGAUGUCAGCUACCAUUUUUGAAUAGGCACUUAAUUGAUGUUGUGCGCUUUCGACACAGGAUGUUGGAAAUGCCACAAAAAUUAGGACGCUAUGUGUUGUGUAUAAGAUGAGACUUCAUCUCCAUUGACCCAAUGCUAUUUCUCUUUUUUCGUUCUUUCUUUCUUGUAAACAGAAGUACAUGGCCAAUGCCGUGAAGGGCAUUCAGUAAACACACGUGGGAAUAAAAAAAGAAAGCACGUCCCUCUGGGCUUGAUGGCCUUUCUUAUCUGAUCAUAGCUAUUGUCGCUACAUUACUGGAAUCGGAAAUUCUGGUUAAGUUUAGUUUUCACCAUUUUAAUAAAUUCUCAUAAUGGGUUUCGCACAUUCCAGUUAAGGGAUGUAUUGGCGCUGGGCCAACUGCAAACUUAGAUUUGUGGUUCUCAGCUUUGGGCCCCUAACCUCCAUACCCUUUGAAGCAUUGGGGCAGUACCCAAUCAGUGCUGGUAUAAUGAGUGUGGCACAUUUACAAAGGGUUUUCAUUCAUUUCAGUAAAAUAAAGUUAUUUCCUGGGUGUACUCGGGGACAUAAUGGAACUCUGUAUGGAGCAAAGUUCACGAUUGAGUGAAAUCCACAUCGAAGGGGAUCCGGUCAUUGUCGAUGGAUUUAAAAGAAAAGGUGUUGAAUGAAAAACAGUCUCACCCCUUGUAAUAUCUGGUAACGAUCUUAAAAUUCGCCAAAACGAGGAUGAUAUGCCGACUUAUUAUAUUUCAAAGCAUAACACGAGUUACGCAACAAUAUAAGACCCUCGUGUAAAGUGGGACCGCAUCUGUAAUUAUUAGGAAAAUCAGGAAAGUGCGUGAGGUCGAUGCAAUGCAUUUUUUUUUAUCAAAUCGAAGGAAGCAUUUCGUACCUGGCGAUGCGCCGUGAAGACCACAUGACGUGAUACGAGUGGAUUCGGUCUCAUUUUACAACGGCCCUCUGCCUUUUCAAAGGACCAGCGUGUGCCGAUUGCAAGAAUGGGUGUGUCGAGCCACCCGGUAUGCUUGACCAUUUCCAAUGUGAUGCCAGAAGGAUUAGAGCGUUUGCUGCGGCGAGGAUUAGGAUUGGGUUCCCCCUGCUAUUUUAGUGUCGCGGCGCUUGUUAAACCUCGGCAACAGAAAAAUCGCCGAGGUCUGCUGGCACCGUGGAAGGUGGCUUCUCAAACCGGGGGGAGACCCGCGUGUGCGACCGGCCACGUCACGUGCUAAAACGACAUCGCCCAUCUCACGGCGCAGGGUAUCGGUGCGAAAGAGCAACACUGCGUAGGGAAACGGUCCGGGAAAAAUAAAAUUAACGAGUCGUGAUGUUUUUAUGGCGGGGCAAUCUUAGCGGUGAUGGACGGUCUUUGGAAGAGCCAGCGGUAUGCAUCGAGAUGCACAUUUGCCCAACGUGUGCCAAGGAAUGCAUUGUCUAGACGGGCCCAUAAGGUUUUCAAGUCAGUGAUUAAGCAAAGGGGGGUGGUUUUUAUGUAUUUCUUUUGGAAAUUGUCGCACCGUAAAACAAAAAGAAAUGAAAUCCCAGUACUUUGUGUUGGAGUAAAAAAAAAGCUCCAAUAGCAAUAUAAAUUAAACCAUACCAAUGGAUGUCUUUUGUGAAUGUUGCCCGAAUGUAGGACUUUACCCUUGUUCAAAACAACAGAAUUGCUUAACUUAUUUUUUAAAUAAAUGUUCAAGUAAUUACUUUGUCAAUAUAAUUUUUCCUCCAAUAUUAUGCUUGCUGCUUGGGUUCACAAUAUAACCUACAAUUUUUUUUUUUACAUUAUUUGAAGGAGAAAUAUGACCAUUACGGCAAAACCGUAGUGUCUUCUAUUACAUGAAUGGCUUCACUCUCCAAUCAAGGACUUUCUAUUUUCCAUGGUGCGUAUGGGGGUUCUAUAUACACCUCAUACAUAUGCAACAUUUGUAAAAUAACAUUUUUCAUAAUGAUGUGCAAAAAUAAGAUAAAAAUCCAUGCCAAGCUGCAGUCUUAUCUGUAUGCCCUCAUAACGUACAUAAUGGUAUAUGUUACACAGAUUUUAGGAUUCGGUGCAAGUGAAUCGAUCGUAGCAAAUCAAUACGGUGUAGAAAUACGGCCACGGUGGAUCAACACAUUGUGCGACAUGCCCAGCGAACCCGAGUUUGAUUGGCGGCCAUGGCUAAUAUUAGUGGCGAGUGAUAUUUAACAUGCUCUGCCCCCCACCCCACCCUUGCCCUUCACCAACACAAAACCACACUGACCAGUCUGGUGAAGCAUGGCCAAAACAACCUCAAUGACUGACACGGCACGGGAGGCCCUCAUCCAGCAGUGGCUUGAUAAAGAGCUGAAAUGUACUAUUAUAUUUAUUACUAAGUGAUAAAUGUGACUCCGCGCUUCCAAUAACUCAUUCUCAAACCAUUUUUACACUCAAUAUAUACUUCAAAUAUUGUGUGCGCACAUAUAUAUCUUGAAAGUAUCAUGUCCUUGGUUUUUUUUUCUCUCUAUUAAAAAACACAUUAACGGAUCACUUUCUCGCGUAACAUUUUAAAGUACUCGUUUUUUUCAUCCUAUUUCAAAGCUGCUUUGUGGCAUGCGUAAAUGUAAACACUGUCUCUUAGUUCUUGUGUUAACUGAUGCAUAUGUGUGCUUUGUUGCUCUAGUUUUAUAGUCAAAAUUUUUCUGCGUGCAGGUAUAAAAGCAGUACAAACACAAAUAUUUUUCCACCUAUCGGCGUAAAACGUAAAGCAGCUUUUGGCAUCCAUCAGGAAAAUUGUGUCCAAUGAACACAAACAUGUAUUUCCUCUCGUUUCUAUCACAUCUUAAAUAAACCUGCUAAUGACUUUGUAAACCGUAGACCUUUCAGUUAUUUUGGCGAUAAUUACAUCAGAAGUUUUUCAUUGAGUCAUUUUGCGACAAUCCAAAUCAAAUCGCCACAUUUUUUUUGACAGUUAUCUGCUUGGGUAUAAAUUGUGGACGUUUUUUUUUCAAGAUAACUCAAUGAUUAACGCAAGUCUGAGUUCUGAAUACCAAAAGCCCAAUCUGACUUUCUGUGCUGUAUCUGCACCAAACACAGGAGUUGGAAAGCAAAGUAGUAACAUAUCUCACGAGCCAUCUGCGCUGCCAAAGCUGCCCUUUAGGAAUGUAUGGGAUUGAAAUGUGGUCUUAAAUUUCAUGUGUUUUUGACCAGUUGUCACAAUAUCGGCAUUUUAAUCGCUCCGUGUUCGCAGGACUGAUCGCUUAAGAGCACACGGGUGUAAAAAGGCUUUUGCGGAGUGUAACAGUCUUUGCUUUUCACUGCUCUUUGAUUGAUCGGUCAACUUGUUGUCCUAAGUUUUUAUCGUACUUACAUAUUCCUUUGAAGUUGAACAUUGUAAGUCACACGCCAAAGUGCAGAAUUUAAAUAUAAGUGUGCGUGCUUAUUGAAUAUGCUGUUUUUUAAUCCUUGAGAUCAACGCUCCGAUGACUUUGUUUCAGUGCAAUAUGUGAACUCUGGCUCGGGCGUAUGACAGAGGAGAGAGAGCCCAUUUUAGGCCGAGUUUGCGGGUGGCUCUUGGCAAAUCAUUUCACAUCAAAGCUCCCACUUGAAAGGUUAUGGAAAUGGCAGAGCCUCUGGGAGGUUAUUAAUUGAGAGAAAAGAAGAUUGCCAAAGGCCAUUCAAGGGGCUCUUGGCUCGAGAGAGGCUCAGUGCGACAAUUGUGAGGUCACCCUGCAUUGGAGUAAUUGAGACGGGAAAGCCUGCAGGGCCACACACGCCCGCUCUGCUCUGUUCGCGAGUCCCCAUCCCCAUUCAUCGCCAGGAUAGACUCAAAAGGGCAGUGCCUCACGUGCGCUUAACGCUCACCAUGGGCGCAGAGAGGGGAGGGGGGUGGUAAGCGAACGCAGAACCUCGCAGCGUUUAAAACAAUGCGGAUGAAGUCAACCUUAGGAGAAGACCUAAAUAUUUCACAUGUGGCAUUUCAGAGCCGGGUGUACGAAACACAUGCACAAGUUCACCCUCUCACCCCUCUCAACCCUGUCGCUCCCCCUGCUCCUUCCGCCCCCACCUCCCCCAGCCCUACCGCACCUUUUCCCCACCACCAUCACCAACACCCUCCUCACUUUUCCUGCUCAAAUACGAGUCCAUCAAAGCUACAUAAGCCGUAGGCAGUGACCCGUUGGUUGAGCAGCUCGGCCAAACCUCUGGUUCUCAUGUCUGAACAUAAUAGUCGGACAUUACAAGCGACGUGUUCUGGCCUCAAUUAACAUCUUGUGGUCGUUACGCCAGAAAGAAAGUCCAAUAAAUAAAUGGUGUGUGUGUACUUUUUUUUUUACUUCUUAGCAGGCCAAUUAAAUUUUGCAAUUGUAAAGCGUACAACUGUUUUUGAGCUGGUACUAGAGAGCCCCUUGUAACAAAACAAAAAAUCCCGUUUAACACAAAAACGCCUACAUAUGUUCCCAGCUGCACUGCAUUCCAGACAUGGCAAUUACAUGCGAGAAGCACCUCCGGAAAACCAGUUCCACUCUUAGCUCACGACAGCGUUUUCUCUCGCAGAACGCUUAACGCAAUUUAGGCUUACGCAACAUUUUUUUACGUUGCUAUUUUAUCGUCAUAAUGAAUGUACGGUUGAUUUUGCAAAUCCACUGGCGGAUUAAGGCCUCUCCUCCAUGCGAAUGUCAGCCAUGGAGUUUGUUUUAUUUGAUUGUACUUCACCAUGCUGGUCAGUGUGGGAUUAGUCAGAAAAUGCUUUCUCCUCAGGACCAGUUCACAUUUCACUUGCUGUUGAUUAUUAGCAAUGGCCCAGAGUCAAAGCUGUCAGGUUCAUCAUGCGUAGGGCUAACCACUGCGGCACCACUCCACACCUAAACUAUAUACACACACUCACGCGUUAAUUUACUACAAAUUAUCAAGUUGCUACUUAAACUUUCACUUUAAAAUGGCCGGUUAAACAAAUAAUAACAGAUUUGUCUUUUAUUGUCACUGCAAGGAAAGAAAAGUCUCGACAUUUUUCCUGACGGGCUUCCUUCAUGAAAGUGGUAUUUAACACCUUUAUCAUCAUUAUUAUGAUGAUAUAACCCAUGGUAGAAUUUACCACAAUGCAGUUGUAGCAGCCUGCUAUAACAUUCUGGUGCAAUAACGUCAGUAACAGAAACAAAAUGCGCUUGUUCUGUGCCAUCAGCGAAUUUGCGCGAGUCACGUUUUUCCGUUGUGCAGCGUGCGGUGCGUGACUAAGAAAUCGUAGCUGACUUACCUAAUGCCAGGCCUUGAUUGUUGCGAUACCAACUCUGAAGCUGAUUUUUUUUUCAUCCAAACCAUACGCUGAAGCUUGUUUCAUAAAUCACUUGCAUGGCUUUUUCCGUAAGAAGAAAAAAAUGAGCGUGUUUAUUUUGGAGUCCUUUUCAACCCGAAAAGGCCUGUUCAUUUGUUCCCAUCGCCGUGUUGCUCUCGCAUCGCUAUCAUUGUAAAUUGUUGCCAUACCCGCGCGGAACCCCCCCCCCCCCCCCCCCCGGAAUGAUUCAAGUUGUUACGAUGGAGUCGCGCUACUGCAAAGGGGGGCCUGUCGGUGCCGCUGGUUUGCAGGAUUCGCCGCGAUACGAAAAUUUGUCGUACGACACGGGGGUCCACGAUGAUCGUUCCGUUGUGCAAAAUAUCGUCUUCAUAUCGCUUCAGUGUCUUUACUUCUCGACAAAUUUGAGUGAAAAAGCAAACACGAUAACCGAAAAUACCUAUACUGCCCAUUAAACAGACUCGUUUUCACGCCUCGCGAGUCAAAGUAACAAAGUAAGCCUGGACUGUCGUGUUUAGUUCGAUAUUUUUUUUAUGGAACUGGCAGCAUUAUAAGUAUUAUAGAUUGUAAAGUUGCAAUUGUUUAUAAAACUUAUAAAAGACUCAUGCCACAUGAUCUAUAGUAUAGUAGAUCUAUAUUUUAAAAACUAAAAAAAACUUUUCUUGGAAAUAUAGCUUCACAUAAAAACAAUAAAAAAUACAAAAUAUGAUUCCAAAAUAUUUUGAAACUGGUGUGGGGGGCAUUUUUAUGUAUAUUAUGUUGUGAAAAUGUAUAUCAAUCAUAUCGUGAAACAUCUCUGAAUUAUGAAAAAGAUUAACUGGCGAUGUGGCUAUGGUUAGGAUUGCAUUUCACCCCUGAACCCAUAGAUUAUCCCUUAACCAAACACCAGCGUUCCUUUUAGAGAUUCUUAGCAGACCAAGAGGCUUGUUCUGCAGAAGUUACAAAUGUGUUAUCUAAUCGCCUGAGGCACAUCGCGGUGAUUGGUAUCGCUGCUUCGUGGUGUUAUGUUUGUGAGAUGUGGGAAUCUAUAUUUGGAGCAUCCAGCUCAUUAUGGAUGUGCCUAAUAACUCGGUAAGCCUGAAGUCUCAUUGCCUUACUGCUUCUUUUAAAUGUAUUAAUCCGUAAAAAAUAUUAUCAUUGCAGUUGAGCUAAUGGCAGCAGUCCUUUAAUUAUUUCUUGCGCAUAUCUGCUUAUUUAUUUACGAGCCCAAUCCUCCGGUUUAAACAUUUCAUCGGAGCUCGCUUGUGAGUCUUUAGAUGUUGCUUACUGCCAAGAAAGGUGCCGUGUCACGGGGUGUACGUGCAGAGGGAGAUGCCACGCUUUUCCUGAUUGCCACAGUAAUUGGCACAGUAAUUGGCACAACCCUGGGUGCGUAUGCACUCAUUUGGUCAAAGUGACUUUGAUAGCACAGAUCCCUUCCAGUUUCUGACUCCAGUUAAAAUAGUUACCUGGGGGUGGGAGAUUAUACAAAAAAAAAUCCAUGUUUAGGUGACUGUACAGCUAAACGUAAGUGUUACGUGACUUCAUAGUUCCUGCAUGCGCGGUACGGCGGAUGUGCGUGGAAAUUUAAAUUCCCUUGAGGUAUUGUGCAAUGCGGAAUGUGUUCGGACAGAUAUAUUUGACAGGUAAAACAGGCCCGGGUAUUCUAAGAUGUCUGAGAUGAGGCCUGAACAGAAACCAAUGAAAAGAUGUGCGUGGCGGGCGCCGCGCAGUGAAAUUAAAAACAGGAGGCCUCGUAUGAGACACUCUUGUCUGAUAACUCGAUACAGACAGGCUGGAAGGAAAUUAAUUCACUUGAACAAACAAUAGCUCCAGAUAAAACCGCAUCUGUUAUUCCCUCGACGCUGCCUUGCGCUGAGACAGGUUUACGGUGCCUCUGGUGCUUUUGCUACCUCCGGUGUAAAUACAUGUGUUUACUGUUAGUUUGGGAGGGGGGGGAAUGGCAAAAAUAAAAGAUAAAGGUGAAUGCCAAAUUCAUAAACAAGUCCUAAUUGAUGGAACUGACUGUUGGUACAAAAUAAUUGCUACGUUCAACACAUAACAGCUGAAAUUGGGCAUUGUACAA